AUGUCCAAGGCAGCGACCGCGGCGGUGGACUUCUCUCGCAUUUACUCCUCCCUUGGUCUCGGCAAGGAGACCGUCGCUGCGCUGCAGGCGUUCCGCAAGCGCCACGCCGACGCCCAGCGCGCCGCCGCGACCCUCGGCCAGCAGCCCACGACUGUCGACUUCGCCCACUACCGCUCUGUUCUCAAGAACAAGGCUGUCGUCGACGAGGCCGAGAAGCUCCUCACGUCCUUCAAGCCGGUCACGUACGACGUCAACGCGCACGUGAAGGCCAUCGAGUCGUUCGAGGCCAAGGCGGUUGCCAAGGCGCAGGAGACUGAGGCCGCGAUUGAUGUUGAGCUGAAGGACCUUCAGGCCACGCUCAAGAACAUCGAGGAUGCUCGCGAGUUCGAGGACCUCACGGCGGAGGAUGUUGGCCAGGCGCACCCGCGUAUCAUUGAGGCAGUAGAGACGAUGAUCAAGAAGGGCAAGUGGACCGUUCCCGGGUACAAGGAGCGCUUCGGUGACCUCAACCUCAUGUAA